AUGGGCAGGGAGUUGGGUAGAUAUCUGUCAACAGGUGUUAUUACUCAUUCCAAAAUUGAUUACGUAGUUGUUAAAUGGCAUAAACCUCCUGAAUAUUGGCUUAAGAUUAAUACCGAUGGAAUCAAAGACGCGAAAGGAAAUUCGGGUAUUGGUGGCAUAUACAUAGAUCAUAAGGGCAAGCUGACUAUGACGUUUGCUUCUUCAAUUGGCAGAACAAAUAGCAACAUGGCUGAAGCUAGUGCAGCCUUAGCGGGGGUGGAAUGGUGUAGUCGCAAUGGUUGCAACAACACUAUACUAGAGUGUGAUUCCCAGCUUGUGGUUGAUUUGAUCAAUAGUUGGAUCUUACAAAUUGGAUUACAUCCAGAUUGUGUCACUAAGGCAUAA